AAACGGGUUGGUUGUCGUGUCACCUCCAUUCUCACCCAACUUCCUUACCUAGCAAGCUUCCAUUGCCAUGGCGAUGGCGGCACCAGCAUACGCAGAGAGCGAGCUCUAUAUACUAGCAACUCGUGUGGGAGAGCAGAGCAGAAGCAGAAGCAGAGCCGAACCGAGCUAGACGACGAAAGAGGAGAGGGAGACCACGAGAUCAUCGACAAUGGCGCUGCUCCGGCAAUGGCGCCGCGGCCUCGCCCUCGCCGCUCUGCUCGCGCUCCACCUCGCCCUCGCCGCGGCACAGUCGCCUGCGGCCGCGCCGGCGCAGCCCACCCCAACCCCAGUGCCCACGGCGCCGGCCAAGUCACCGCCCGCGCCGGCCACGCCUGCUCCCACCGCCACUCCCACUCCUCCCGUUGCACCGGCCAAGGCGCCGCCGGUCGCGCCCGCCGUCGCGCCUGUCACGCCGCCGCCACCGACACCGAAGAAAGCACCACCACCGCCGGUGACGCCCCCGCCGGUGACACCUCCCCCGGUGACACCCCCGCCGGUGUCGCCCCCGCCCGCCACCCCGCCUCCGGCUCUCCCGCCAUCGACGCCCCCGCCGGUGGCUGCACCGGCCGAGGCGCCCGCGGCGUUGCCCCCGGCGACGACACCACCGCCAGUGGCCGAAGCGCCCGCGGAGCUGCCCCCGGCGGAGGCUCCGACCAAGAGCAAGAACAAGCACAGGAAGAAGAACAAGCGCGGCAAGAAGGCCUCCGCGCCCGCGCCGGAGCCGUUGAGCCCACCGGCGCCGGCCGCGCUGUCGCCCGCCGACAACCAGGCCGACGUGUCCGGCCCAGCACCAUCAGCAUUCGAUCUCAAUGGAAGCAACAGGCAGUACGGACAAUGGGGGUUUGUCCUUCAGACUGUCAUGGCUGCACUGCUACUAUCAUUAGCAUGGUGAUUAAAGCCCAGACCAGACAGAUCCAUCCAUCCAUCCAUGUGUCUGCCUCGCCAUUAAUUUGAUUAUUUCUGCCCUUGAUCUUGUUGUGUAUGAGCACUAGAUUUGUCAUAGGAAUCAUCUUCUUGCUGGCUUGUAAUAAUUUUUUGGCAUGCAUUUUUAUAUAUUUUUUCUUGACUUGAAAUAAAAACUGGUGCACUAUAUUACUACAGUA